AUGCCGAACGAGAACCUCGACAACAAAACCCUGCGGCGGCUGGAAACACAGACAGACGACAAACCGAGCUUUGUGGAAAAAGUCGACAACGAGAUUAAAGUCAAGUUCUACCCCGACUCGCCGACGCAGCGCGUGCACAAGGACGCUUUUCUCACCAAAACCGCGUCCAAAUUCUACGACCCGUGCGCCAAGUCGUCGCAGAUGGCAAUCCGGUGCAUGGAGAACCACGACGAGGACUACAAAGAGGUGUGCGGCGAGUAUUUCCGCGCCUUCAGAGAGUGCAAGAAAGAAUGGAUGAAAGAGCGCAGAAAAGACGGAGGCAUAUGGUAA